AUCUCCGAAUGCUACAGUGAAGGGAUGUUUCGGGCGUUCUCCCAGCACGUCCUGCAUCGACUGAACAUCCCUCAAGCCGGGCCAAAGGAGGGCCGUGUUCGUGUCACCCUGCUGGCACGCAGCACAGAAUACAGAAGGAUAUUAAACCAAGUGGAGCUGGUAAACGCCCUCAAGACUGUGCCUUUACUGGAGGUCAACGUGGUGGACUACAAAUUCAAGGACGUUCCCUUUCUGGUGCAGCUGAGGAUCACACACAACUCUGACAUCUUUAUAGGGAUGCACGGGGCGGGUCUCACACACCUCCUCUUCCUCCCUGACUGGGCUGUCAUCUUUGAGCUAUAUAAUUGUCAGGAUGAGAGCUGCUAUCGAGAUUUGGCUCGGCUGCGGGGCAUUCGAUACGUGACUUGGCAGAAGAUGGACAAAGUGCUCCCCCAGGACAAGGGUCACCAUCCGACCAUCGGGGACCAUCCGAAGUUCACCAACUACUCCUUCGACGUGGGGGAGUUCAUGCACCUCGUGCUGGAAGCGGCUGAUUACGUCACUCACCAUCCCAAAUGGAGGCGUCGCUCCCUUCACGAUGAACUCUAGAGUCUCUGUGAGUUUGGGACACAGACACCUGAAGAACCUUUAAAGAUCCCAUGUCAUGGCCAUUUCCACUGAUCAUAAUUCCAUUGUUGAGGUCUACUAGAAUAGAUUUAUAUUG